AUGCCUAGAAUCGGUCCAUUACGCAGAGCUAAUAGAGAAGACGCGGUUAUCAGUGAAUGGGGUGGGGGGAGGGGGGAGGCGUACGCUCAGCUGGGCGGGGCGGAUCAAUAUUUGAUAGGAGAGCACAGUCGGCCGCCAGCCGCCUCCGCAGUAGCACACUUCACCACGUCAGAGUCAGACACGAUGGUAGCCGCCGUCGCCAUAUGCUGCAUCCUCGUCAUCUUGGUAGUCUUCAUCGCCAUCAUCAUUCUCGUCGGCCAGUCCAUGAGGGACCAGACUUAGCACAUCUAGUCUACAACGUCAUUUAGAUUAAUUUCCUGACAACCUGGGUGAUUAUUGCGAAGAACAAGGAGAACUGUUCCAGCAGGACAUCGAGAUUAUGGAGGAAAGGCAUGAAGGCCGUUGGGAUCGCCAUAUGAUGGCCGACUACAGCUUGAACUUGCAGAGAGACUGUUCGGACCAAAAACACCAAAGAAAAUCCCAUACAAAACGUUAUUCUUAACUCUUAUUGAUAUUUUUUUUAUUAUUAAUUUUAUUAUACUUUGUAUCGUUUAAAGCACUUUGUUGGAAAUCAUUUGAUAAUUUUAAAAUAAACGUUUUAA